AUGCUUGCGAUUCUCUACGACCCUGACUGUCUCCUCCACAAGACCGUAGAAAUUCUAGGUUCUAAACUGAUCCCGGCCUUGGAAUCGCCGGCUCGGCUCGAAGCGAUCCUCAAAGCGCUUCAUCUCUCCGAUUAUGCCGUCCGCACACUACACUUCAGCUCGCUGGACGACGAAGCACGAACAAGACGACUCUUGAGCUUGACGUCCCAAACCCACCAACACGACUACCUGGUCCACCUCCAGACUGUGUUCGAGGAAUGGCUCUCGGCCGGUCUCAUCGAGAAAGACGGCAACGUGGUUCCUGAGUGUUUCUACCUGCCCACGUCCACGGGCAAACCGAUGCGGGCGCCUAGGGACACGUUCGCGCGGGCGGGAUACUACGCCUUCGACAUGAGCAGCGGGAUCAUGUCCGAGUCGUACCGCGCGAUCGUGGCGUCGGCGAAUCUCGCGUACGAAGGCGCAGACAUGUUGACCGGCGACAACGCGUCCACGUCUUCGCCGCCGUACAUCGAUGCCGUCCUUGCGCUGUGCAGGCCUCCCGGCCACCACUGCGACGGCCGCCGCGCCGGAGGGUACUGCUACAUCAACAACGCCGCGCUGGCAGUGAGCACGUGGCGCACCAAAAACGCGGAUGCCAAGGUCGGCAUUCUCGACGUCGACUUCCACCACGGCAACGGCACCCAGGAGAUCUUCUACGCCGACCCGGACGUCCUCUACGUCAGCAUCCACGGCGAGGACGAGUUUCCGUACUACACCGGCGCCGAGGACGAACGAGGGCUCGGCGCCGCGGAAGGCACAAACGUCAACCUGCCGCUCAAGGUCGGAAGCUCCAUCGACGAGUACCUGGAGAAGCUCGACCACGCUUUGAGUAGGCUGGUGGCGUACGGGCCCGGGUUUCUCGUCGUCAGUCUGGGGUUCGAUACGUACCAUGCCGACCCGCUUGGUAGUUUCCAGAUCCACACCGAGGAUUACGAGACCAUCGCGAGGAAAACGAGGCAGAGCUUGAAGGGCGUCCCUGCUCUGAUCCUUCUGGAGGGAGGGUAUGUGAUUGAAGAAUUGGGAAACAAUGUCUUGUCCUUUCUCAAAGGGUGGAAGUCUGUUUGA